GCUGCGGAACUCAUUCCAGUAUUGGAGGCAAUGAAUCACCUGACUUCGCCCCAAGGAACCAAAUAAUCCCUGGAAAAAUGGCACUCCAUCACUCUACCUUAAUAGCUCGGGAUGGCCCAAGAGAUGCACUCCCAUCCAACCGCACCAUGCAUGCUCUCGGCACGUACGACAGCUAUGGUUGCCGGAUUUCCAAGUUGCAGUCCGUUCCUCCAUGGCCCUGA